AGCGCGCACACACCACGCCCCGCCCCGCGGGCAGCGUCCCCGCAGCCCCUCGCCCGGCGGGGAAGGACGAGGAUUGUGCGCACCAGCCCGCACCGAGGCGCUGCGACUCGGGACUCGUCCCCAGCCCGGGGUCCUCUUGAAUCCCAAAGGAAACAUGAUGUGAACCCCCAGCCGGCAAGGCACCCAAGACGUGAGCGGCGGACAGGACCGGAGCCUGUGCAUCGCGGGGAGGGCUGGUGCUGCGGGGGCGGAGCCCGCCGAGUGCCGGCCGCCGCGCCCUCCCGCCUGCCCCCUUGGAGGCUGGGGAGGAGGGCCAUGGCCAGCCCGGAGGAGCGGUUCGCUCCCCGCCCCCAGGCCCCGCUGCCAGCGGCUGGGGACGAGCCCGGUCGCGGCCAAGUCCGUCAGGAACCCCGGCGCGGAGAGGCCAGCGGGUGGAGCACAGUGGGCCUGAGCUUGGCCCGGGAGCUGCCUGGCUGCGGCCGGGAGGAGCUUGCGGCGCCCCCGCCCCUGUCCCGGUCCCUGUCUCCGGCAGGCCACGCCAGCCCCGCUGGGGGCCCCAGCGCCCUCUCCGCGCUCAGCGCCGGCGGCUGCGGCUGGGUGGCGGCCCGCGCUCCCUCGGCGCUCGCCUUCUCCUCCCCUAUCCCCUCCUCCUCCUUUUCAUCUUCCUGGUACUUCUGGCCGCCGCCCCCCCUGCCCCCUCCCCCUCUCGUCCCCUCCUCAUCUGCCUUCCACCUCCCCGUGCGUCUCCCGAGAAGGGAGGGCGCAGCGGCGGCUGGAGGAGGCGGCGGCGGCGGCGAUGCUGGCGGAGGAGGAGGAGGAGGAGGACAAGAGGCAGCUCCCUUGAGCGUCCCCCCCGGCAGUAGUCACCGCAGCGGCGGUGGCAGCGGCGGGCGGCGGCGGCUCUUCCUCUCGCCUGCGGUCCUAGGCUUGCUGCUCCCAGCCCGUGCCGGGCCCCGGCUACCGCCGCCGCCGCCGCGGCUCCCCCUCCACCCGGGCGCGCGCCGCACAGACUCCCCGGGCUUUCCGGGCGCCGGCGGGGGCUGCCCUGGCCUCGGCCCCGGCUCUGCCGCCGGUGGCCGAACUCCGUGGCGGCCCCGAGGCGCCGCCUUCCCCCUAGCCACCGCCUGGCCGCUGCUCUUCGGCUCCGACAUGGAAGAUGGACCUUCUAACAAUGCGAGUUGCUUCCGAAGGCUGACCGAGUGCUUCCUCAGCCCCAGUUUGACGGAUGAGAAAGUGAAGGCCUAUCUCUCUCUCCACCCCCAGGUCUUAGAUGAGUUUGUUUCUGAAAGUGUCAGUGCGGAGACUGUAGAGAAGUGGCUGAAGAGAAAAACCAACAAAGUGGAAGAUGAAUCGGCUCCUAAGGAAGUCAGCAGGUACCAGGACACGAACAUGCAGGGAGUUGUGUACGAGCUGAACAGCUACAUAGAGCAGCGCCUGGACACAGGUGGGGACAACCACCUGCUCCUCUAUGAACUGAGCAGCAUCAUCAGGAUAGCCACAAAAGCCGACGGAUUUGCACUGUACUUCCUUGGAGAGUGCAAUAAUAGUCUGUGUGUGUUCACACCUCCCGGAAUAAAGGAAGGUCAACCCCGGCUUAUCCCUGCAGGACCCAUCACCCAGGGCACCACCAUCUCUGCUUAUGUGGCCAAGUCUAGGAAAACGCUGCUUGUGGAGGACAUCCUUGGGGAUGAGCGAUUUCCGAGAGGCACUGGCCUGGAAUCAGGAACUCGAAUCCAGUCUGUUCUCUGCUUGCCCAUCGUCACUGCCAUUGGAGACUUGAUUGGCAUUCUUGAGCUGUACAGGCACUGGGGCAAAGAAGCCUUCUGUCUCAGUCAUCAGGAGGUUGCCACGGCCAAUCUUGCUUGGGCUUCCGUAGCAAUACACCAGGUGCAGGUGUGCAGAGGUCUCGCCAAACAGACGGAACUGAACGACUUCCUGCUGGACGUUUCAAAGACAUAUUUCGAUAACAUAGUUGCCAUAGACUCUCUACUUGAACACAUCAUGAUAUAUGCAAAAAACCUAGUGAACGCCGACCGCUGCGCGCUCUUCCAGGUGGACCACAAGAAUAAGGAGCUGUACUCGGACCUGUUUGACAUUGGGGAGGAGAAGGAGGGGAAGCCGGUCUUCAAGAAGACCAAGGAGAUCAGAUUUUCGAUUGAGAAGGGGAUUGCUGGCCAAGUAGCAAGAACAGGAGAAGUCCUGAACAUUCCGGAUGCGUACGCAGACCCACGUUUUAACAGGGAAGUGGACCUGUACACGGGCUACACCACACGGAACAUUCUGUGCAUGCCCAUAGUGAGCCGCGGCAGCGUGAUCGGCGUGGUGCAGAUGGUGAACAAGAUCAGUGGCAGUGCCUUCUCCAAGACGGACGAGAACAACUUCAAGAUGUUUGCUGUCUUCUGUGCUUUGGCCUUGCACUGUGCUAACAUGUACCACAGGAUCCGCCACUCAGAGUGCAUCUACAGGGUUACCAUGGAGAAGCUGUCUUACCACAGCAUCUGCACCUCAGAGGAGUGGCAAGGCCUGAUGCGUUUCCACCUGCCGGCGCGCAUCUCCCGAGAGAUCGAGCUAUUCCACUUUGACAUCGGUCCUUUCGAGAACAUGUGGCCUGGGAUCUUUGUCUACAUGAUCCAUCAGUCUUGUGGGACAUCCUGCUUUGAACUUGAAAAAUUAUGUCGUUUUAUCAUGUCUGUGAAGAAGAACUAUCGACGGGUUCCUUACCACAACUGGAAACAUGCAGUCACGGUGGCACACUGCAUGUAUGCCAUACUUCAAAACAACUAUGGCCUCUUUACAGACCUCGAGCGCAAAGGCCUGCUAAUUGCAUGUCUGUGUCACGACCUGGACCACAGGGGCUUCAGUAACAGCUACCUGCAGAAAUUUGACCACCCCCUGGCCGCACUGUACUCCACCUCCACCAUGGAGCAGCACCACUUCUCCCAGACAGUGUCUAUCCUGCAGCUGGAAGGGCACAACAUCUUCUCCACCUUGAGCUCCAGUGAGUACGAGCAGGUGCUGGAGAUCAUCCGCAAAGCCAUCAUUGCCACUGACCUCGCCCUGUACUUCGGCAACAGGAAGCAGCUGGAGGAGAUGUACCAGGCAGGGUCGCUGAACCUCCACAACCAGUCACAUCGAGACCGUGUAAUCGGGUUGAUGAUGACUGCCUGCGAUCUUUGUUCUGUGACGAAGCUAUGGCCAGUUACGAAACUGACAGCAAAUGAUAUCUACGCAGAAUUCUGGGCUGAGGGCGAUGAGAUGAAGAAGCUGGGCAUACAGCCCAUCCCGAUGAUGGACAGAGACAAGCGGGACGAGGUCCCUCAAGGACAGCUUGGAUUCUACAAUGCCGUGGCCAUUCCCUGCUACACCACGCUGACGCAGAUCCUCCCGCCCACAGAGCCACUGCUGAAGGCCUGCAGGGAUAAUCUCAAUCAGUGGGAGAAGGUGAUUCGCGGGGAGGAGACUGCGUUGUGGAUUUCAGCCCCAGCAGCUGGCAAGGGGGCAUCUGAGAAGCUGCCUGUGAAGGUUGAUGACUGAUCCUGGCGAGGUACUCGCCCGGCGACUGACCCUCAUCCUGCUUCUUUGACUUCGUUCCUUUUAUUUUUAAGCGGGGGAAACCUCUCCCAGAAGGUACCAUCAUACACACACACACACACACACACACACACACACACACACACACACACACACACACACACACACACACACACGUGAAGCAGACGACCUCUGCUUGCCGCUCACGCCUUGGACAGUGAGCAACCCAGGCUCCACCUGCCUUCUGAAUGCCAUCUGCGAACAGGCCAGUGGUGCGCUGGCCUGGGAGGUGGGCAGAGACCACAAGAGGGCUUCUUGCCUGGGUCCUUCCAUGAGGGUGUGGCCAGUACCCUGGUUCUGUGCUUCGUCUCUGCGGCAAUGCUGCUUGGUGGCAUUGGUUAUAAAUAGGACAUGUCACCUCCUUGUUGUGGCCUGGGACAUAGGUAACGAAGGUCACAACCUGCGGGUGAUAGAGAAAUUCAAGUUGCUGAUUGUAGGCAGACUAAGGGUGUGUUCUUUCAGUUUAUUUGGGGGCACACAAGCAAGUCAGCUCCACGGAAGGAAGAAGACCUCUGCCCUUGGUCGAGGAGACACAGGGUACAUCCCAGGCAUCUGAAAAGUGCAGCUCUCACUUCAAACCAUGUCAAAAAUUAAAACACUUUCCCCCUCACUGUAGACUGUAGCCUUCAGCAACUUUAACCAAAUCCUUCGCACAAAGAAAAUAAAAGCAAGGCAUAGAAAUUUCCUCCAGCAAGAAGAUCUGUGAGUAAACAAUGUGAAUUUUCAAAUCAGUUUCUUUAUAUUUUUAUUGUGUGCUAGGGCAGCAUUUUUAUCACAUCCAAAAUGAAAGAUGAUUCUAAAUAAUACCCCCUUUCAUGCCGUACGCCCUUCACAGGUGCCAGACAGUGCAGCCUCAGUUUCCUGGAAUUCCAAUCUCUCCCUCACUGUGCGGUCAGGCCCAACAGGAGGAGGUGCAGGGCCACCACAUGGACCGCUGAUUAUGUCCUCUCUGCCACUCUCAUAUCCAGUCCUCCUCAAAGAACCUCAAGUGUGAAUAGUUCUCGUGUGUGACUUUCUGGGGAUUGCUGCUGUGUGAAGUUUGAGAAGGCAACAGAGCCCUCCGGGCCCUUCCUGCUGAGAUCUAUGGAAGUCCCGGUUCACACCGUGAGGAUUUUCAGGACAGUGGCAUGGAGUCCCUUCUUGGUGGUUCUCACUUAGUGAAUGAGUCUUGAGAAGGUGGAGGCUGGUCAGGAAUGAACGGCUCUCUCCCCACUCUGGCAGGCGUGUGAAAAGUUGCUCUGAAAUGAAUUUCUGAAAUAGACUUGGAUGUGCUCGAUACUGUAUACACCACUGCUUAGAGAAGCUUGGCAUUUGCAAAAAUCUGUUCGGUUUUCUUCUACAUACUGAUUGAUGUAGUAGCAGGGUGGGCUGAAUACAGACCUUGUUCUCAUAUUCACACCACGUGUUCAGUUUCCUCACGGGCUUCUGGGAAAGUCUCCCUCCACACUCCUCCAUUUGCUGUUGUCCCCAUAUGAGGUAAAAGGUGAUGCCAGCGAACACCAGGGCUGUGCACACACAUGCACACACGCACACAUGGUGUGGGGACAAACACACAGAUGUAUAUAUGGUGCACACACCAGACAAAAGGAAAGAAAGACCCCCGUAUUCGAAAGCGGUGAUUUCUCCAUGUUGGGAAAUGAGGCCAUGAAUGACGUGUCGCUUCUGUGAGUGUUCACAAGUGGAAGGCUGAAGCAAGUCCACUGUCCUCAUACCGACAUGUCGCACUAGAUUCCACAAAAAGCCGCUUUAUCCACACAAGUUGAUCAGUCAUCUGUCUUGGAAGCUGGAUUGCAGGAAGGGGCGGCCUUUAAGAUGGUUGCUUCAUUCUGGCAUUUUGAAGGUGUGCGUGAAGUGAAUUCUGUCCCCCGAGUAUGGAAAAGGAUCCAGGUGGUGGGACUCCUGUGGCUGCUUUUAGCAUUUCAUGGUUGCUGUGGUAAUAAGAAUAUUACAGAAAUCUCUUUGAAUUUGACCUAGCCAAGAAUAUUGUAUGGUGUGGCCUCUCCUGGGGCAGUUUUGCAGAGGAACCUGCUAGGAAUUUGCUGGUUAGUCCGUCUCUUGUGAAAUGUCAACAUGAGAAGCAGUUUGGGUAAAAGAUUGUAGCUGAUAAAACUCUGUAACAUUGUUUUCACCGUGUAUGAGACUCAGGAGGCCUAAAUUUGCCCAAAAUAAGAGAGGCCAGGAUGCAGCCGUGUUCAGUUAACAACUUGCUUUUAGAAUUCAUGCAGUCAGGAGUGGUUUUUGUGUCUUGGCAAAUAUAUUUAGCAGACAGGCACUUGAAUCCUGCCUGAGUUUUUUCCCACCUCUUUUCUCACCGUGUUUUCUCCCACCAAAGAUGUCCAGGAAUUUCUCAUUAGUGUCUGAUGUAAACUCAGUGACUAGUAAUGAAUAUAAACAGAAUGUUGCAUUUACCGAAAUUUGUUAUCAUCAUUUUAAUGCACAAAUUCUAUAGUCGUGGUGGUUGUUCAAUUUCUUUCCACAUGUUGUGGUACCUUUGUGUCUGGGAAAAUGUUCUCGGAUACCUAAGUGCAUGCCAACACUAAUGUGAAGUAUUGAGUCAGGGCGGUGAAGUACAGUCCUAAAAUUUGUAAACAUCAGUUAGUUGAUUAGAUCAAAGUAGAGGGUGUGAGCAGCUGUGGAGGCGGUGGGAAGCGUGCCGGGGGUGACGACAGCUUCCUACCUUCCUAGUAUGUGAGACACAGGAAGAGGGAAGCGGAAUCCUAUCCCCAGCUCCUUCCGGUUUGAAGAGUAUGCUGGCGCCUGUCACUGUGAGGCUUCAGGUGACUCAUUCUCACAACAGACAGAGUCAGUUUGCCCUGACCUGUUUAGUGUCGGGUUCCUCUUUCUAGCAUGUGUUAGCGUUUUUAUUUUGUACACACGCAGUGAACUCUGCUUUUUUUCCCCCCGCUGUGUUCAUGUAUGUGCUGGAAGUGUGAGCACAGCCUGCCUGUUACUGCAUGACGGCCUCAGGGACCGACCAGGUCUUCCAAUGGGCUUCGCUUGGCCUGUGGUAUUUCUGCUCUCUUGGGUCUAAAUUAAGAUCUCAGUUGAACAGGACUGAAGUAUUCACCCUGCCUUGGCCUCGGGCCCUUCUUUUAAAUGCUGACUUUCCCCCUCUCUCUCAUGAGCUCAUCUUUGACCUUUCUCAAGUGUAAGGGACAGUGUGUGUAAAGGGGCAUGUCCCUGGUCAGGUCCACCUUUGCUCAUCAGGUUCCUGUUGUCAUCGCAUGUCCCUGACACCUACCCUGGGGUCCUCUUGUUUGUUGAGAACUGUGGCUCCAGUCCGAGGCACGGAUGGAUCUCUGGGGUUCGCGGCUCCUCAGCUGGCUUUGGUACUGAAAGUCACUUCUCUCUGUGUAUUCCAAACCCGCAUUUGCUUUGCGCUCCGCUGGCCUUGUAUGCAGGGGCAUUCUUGGAAGACUGUUCAUCCAUUCACAGUCCCCUUCGGUUUCAACUGUCAGUCUGACUUGACAGUCAGUGUGAAGUUGGAGUUAAGUCACGUGUGCUGACAGCUGUGGCUUCCCCUUGCGUGACAGUUGCAUUUCCACAUGGGAGUUUUUGUUGCUGCCCAUUGAGCGGCAUUAUUUACACUAAGUUUAAAUUAGAGAUGCCCAGUGGAGUACAACAUUCUUACUGUUAAACAGAGCUGUACAGUGUGAUCAAUAGAAGUAUUUAAGGCGUUUUAUGCAUUGACAAAAAACAGAGCAAAAGAAAGAAAAAAUGCUUAGAGGUGUCCUUGUUGCCAGUGAGGAGUAUAGAACCACAAAGCUGAUGUCUCCUUAAGAAAAACACACUCAGAACCCAAAGAAACACUGCCUCAGUCACCUGACUUGUCCCUGCUCAGUAGUGGAAGUUGGUGCUUUGUGGGCUGUGAGCAGUCUGCCUGCUGUUCCUGUAACUGUGAGGAUUUGUAACUGAAACAUCAUACCUAGGGCUGACCCUGGUUGGGGGGCACAGGAUAAUGCCCACACACCAGGGCGGAACCUUAGCUGCAUACAGAGUCGGCCACAAAGGAAGUGAGCACACACAUCUCAGUGCUUAACCUCCAGGAAUAUACAUUUGCAGAUGUUUUAUCUCUGAUGUAAAUUAAACCCCUAAACACUUGUUUUUGUCUAGCCCACCUAAAAGAUCACUCUACCAUGGGCAUCCCCACUCUCUUCUUUGGUUGGGUCACCUUAAUCCUCAGUCUUAUGCUGUAUCUAGAAUAGUGAAUAGAAAUGGUGUGUGGGAAUACUGUUUCCAUAUGAUCUGUUGUAUGGAGUAUAUGCUACAUGUUCAUUUACUGUACAAAAGAAGUGCAGUUGAUUGACGCACAGAAGUAUUUCUGUACAGGGCCCUACCUAUUUAAAAAUCACGUACUUGCCCAGAACACUGUGAAACACUUUCCAAACUACAAGUGCAGCAUCUGGAUUCUUUCUGAGAAGAACAACUUUCUCCACAUGAACAUAGGAACAAAAGAGAUUCUCCAUCCACACCCAGCCAAGGCACCUCAGAGGUCACGGUGACAGCCUCCUCGCUGGCCAACACCUGCGGGAACAGGAGCACAGGUCCAAGCAACUGAUCCUCGGUGGAUGGGUCUGCAGCCAAAGCCUUAAUGGGCUCUCUUUUGGAGGGGGAAAGAAAGAAUUCCAAGUUAACAAUAUCCAACAUUAUUAUAGUCGAUGAGUUAGUAAAUUCCAAAAAGAUGAUUUUAUAUGUAUGAAUCUUUGUAAAGUGCGCAAGUGCAAUAAUUUAAAGAAGUCUUAUCUUUACAUUUAUAAAUUAUAAAUAUUGUACAUGUGUGUAAUUUUUCAUGUAUUCAUUUGCAGUCUUUGUAUUUAAAAAACCUUUACUGUUACGUUUGUAUAAUAGAACAGUAAUCAUUUAUUAUAACUCGGGCAAGGUGUAAAUAAAUUCAUAAUUCAAGCAGCCAGUAUAUAUGCAUAUAUGGGUGUUACACUGCAAAAUCUCUAUCUUUGUUCUACCCACAUGCCUAAAGCAGUAACGAAUCUUUUGUGGAUAUGUAAUUAUACAUAUAAAGUAUAUAUAUAUGUAUGAUACAUGAAAUCUAUUUAGAAAUGUUCAUAAUUUUAAUGGAUAUUCUUUGGUGUGAAUAAUUGAAUACAAAGUUUUUAAAGUA